GAUAGAACCAGUUAUAGUCAAGGUUUAAAGUAUCAAUACUUAUUGUAUCAAGCUUUUCGAUACAUCCUUAUAGGUGUAUGGGGUUUUGACUGGUUUAGGGAGUGGACGGACCACCUUAUCUACCGGCGUACUGGACAUAAUGAAUUAGUUCAUGAGUAGAUUGAGGUACAUUAAUUCUUUCACCAUCCCAUAAUAGCAUCCGAUCUCACUUUUCACCCCUUGUCUUAACAAUUGCAGCUGUAUAUGAAUAAUUAAUAUGCCUAUCUCGAGUUAGGGUCCUCUCAAUUGUAGUUUCCAUUUUUAAUUCAAGACCAGUAUCACUAUUUUGAAGAGCCCAUAAAUAAGUCAUUUUGCUUUUAGAAAGGCGCGUUCACCAAUCACAACCCGUUGAUUGAUUGGAUAUUGCCGGAGCGGGUCUAGUCUAGGAUUUCAUUUCAGAUGACCUCGAAAUCGUAUCAGCUCUAGUGGUUAAAAUGCAGUUCUGGGUGCUUUUCGUUGCCGUACAUGCAGUGGGUUUGUGAGAGACUGGCAGCACAAUGCGAUGAGAUGGCCGACUCAUCGUUUCUGUGCGUCUUUGCCGCACUACUACCGCUCCCUCUUAAGAGCAUGCGCCCAUCGAACCUCUCUCGAGGAGGGCGAGAAGCUCCAUGCCACUCUCAUCAAGAAUGGCCUCGCAGCCUCCCCCGGCGCUUUCCUUCACAACGCACUCCUCCAUCUGUACGCCGCAUGCGGCCUCGCAUUGUCCGCUCGUCGAGCAUUCGAUCAAAUUCCCUUUACGCACAGGGACACUGUCGACUGGACCACCUUGAUGGGCUGCUACGCUCGCAAUGGGCUGCCAGAGGAGGCGCUGGUUCUCUUCCGUCAGAUGCGAGGAGAGGGCGUACGGCUCGAUCAGGUAUCCUUGGUCAGUCUCUUUGUCGCGUGCGCCCGCCUCGGAGAUUUUCGCGCUGGGGCGCAGGGGCAUCUCUGCAUGAUCAAAAGUGGACUUCAUUUCACAGUCACCGCGAGUAACGCAGCUAUGGACAUGUACGCCAAGUGUGGGCGAAUGGACGAUGCGAGACGGGUAUUCGACGAGAUGAGCGAGCCGAGUGUUGUCUCUUGGACAGUAAUCCUCACUGCUACGCUGAAGUUGGAGGGGACACAGAAAGGAAGACGGGUGUUCGAUGAAAUGCCGGAGAAAAACGAGGUUGCCUGGACAGUGAUGAUCUCAAACUAUGUGGAGAAUGGGUUCUCUAGGGAAGCUCUUGCGCUGCUUUCCAGUAUGCUAUCAUGUUUGUGCUUGGAGCUUAACCAUAUCACUCUCUGUUCCCUUUUGUCAUCCUGCUCACUCUCUGGAGAUCUUACGGUGGGAAGGUGGGUUCAUGUCUACGUCUUGAAGACAAUGAAGAAAGAGAUGCAUCUUAUGGUGGGAACGGCUUUGGUGGACAUGUAUGCCAAAUGUGGGAGGAUAGAUGCUGCUUGCCGAGUCUUUGAGGGUAUGUCUCGCCGGAAUGUUGUAGUUUGGAAUGCCAUGCUCGGUGGUCUUGCCAUGCAUGGACGUGGCAGGGCGGUGUUGAAUCUUUUUCCUCGCAUGGUUGCUGAAGUCAAGCCAGAUGAUGUAACCUUUGUGUCCAUUCUGAGUGCCUGUAGCCACUCGGGGCUGGUUGAUCAAGGUUGCCGCUACUUCCAUGACCUUGGUCCUGUGUAUGGGAUAAUGCCUAAGGUUGAGCACUAUGCUUGCAUGGUAGAUCUAUUGGGACGGGCAGGUCGACUGGAAGAAGCUGAGAUCCUAGUGAAGAAGAUGCCAAUUCUCCCAAAUGAAGUUGUGCUUGGUUCGCUCUUGGCCUCCUGCAGUCUCCACGGAAAGCUUCAACUGGGCGAACGUCUUCUGCAAGAGUUAGUUCAGAUCAAUCCCCUCAACACUGAAUAUCAUGUGCUGCUGUCCAACAUGUAUGCAUUGGCUGGAAGGCGCGACAAAGCUGAUUCUCUCCGCCAGCAUCUCAAGAACAUGGGAAUAAUGAAGGUGCCUGGCAUGAGCUCUAUUCACCUGAAUGGCCAAGUUCAUCAAUUCAGUGCAGGGGACAAGUCACAUUCUCAAAUCAAAGAGGUGUACACUAUGUUGGAUGAGAUGAUUCGAAGGUUGAGAUUGGCGGGUUAUGUCCCUAGCACUUCUUCUCAGAUAUUCUCUACUUCUGAAAGUGGGAUCGACGAUGCAGAUGUGCAAGAGGAGAAAGAGCAAGCGUUGUUCAAUCACAGUGAGAAGCUGGCUAUCUCCUUUGGGCUUAUGAGCACAAAACCUGGUAUGCCCCUCUACAUAUUUAAGAACCUGCGGAUAUGCCAAGAUUGCCAUUCUGCAGUAAAGCUUAUUUCCAGUGUUUAUGGCCGGGAAAUUGUCAUUAGAGAUCGUUAUCGCUUUCAUUGUUUCAAUCAAGGCUCGUGUUCUUGUUCCGACUACUGGUGAUCAUGACCAAAUCCUGCUAAUCAGUCAGAGCUGCGGUAGAGGGACCUAAUUUCUUACUGGGGAUCAACGAGUUACUUUGGUUGGAAUGCUGGAGCCUGGAGGUGGCAAUUUACGUACUAUUAGGUAUUAGUACGUCAUCAUAUAUGAUGGGCAUUAUAGUUGAAUUGUCAGUGUAGUUGGCAAAACGAUUCAUUUUCCACUAUCACCAUCUACGUUAGUUUGCUCAUAGUUCUCAUGCUUCCACAAGAAAAAGGACUUGGAUGGCUAGAACACAGCCUACACAUUCUAGGAAAAGAGAAUGUAGUAAUAAUAGAUCAUUAGGGGGACAUUCAGGGAUACAACUUGGGACAGGUUAACCUAAACCCAACCCAAAAAAUUUGGGUUGUUAGGGUUAAACCCUUGGGUAACCCAAUAAUCUGAAUUCAGAAUAUGAUUGUAACAUUGCAGAUCUCUCUGAUCUUGUUUACUUAUCAAAUGCGUAUAAAUGUAUUUACACAUGAA